AUGCAAUUCAUUGAAUGGCCCUGUCCAUGGUUCUGUAUCUUGUUCAAACUCUGCCAAUGUUGGUUCCCGCUGUACCUACUCCUGCGCGACGGGAUACCGGACAUCAGGGGGAUCUGUGACAAGAACUUGUUCAUUACGUGCACUUCAUUGAGUGCCCCUAUCCAUGGUUCUGUUUCGUGUUCAAACUCUGCCAAUGUUGGUUCAAGGUGUACUUACUCCUGCUCGACGGGAUACCGGAGAUCAGGGGGAAUUGUGACAAGAAUUUGUUCAAGGUCUUUGAAUUCUGGAACUUGGAGUGGAUCUGCCCCUGCGUGUGCCCGUAUAUCAUGUGGCGCCCUCUCCGGUCCGUCCAAUGGCCAGGUCAGUUGCUCUGACAGCAGUUACUACAACAGUCUCUGCGGCAUUUCGUGCAGAGACGGAUACACUCUUCAGGGCAGCUCUUCACGUUUGUGUGGAGUAUCAGGAAGAUGGUCAGGCUCCAACCCUUCCUGUGCAGUCAUCAGAUGCAAUUCAUUAAGUGCCCCUAUCCAUGGUGCUGUAUCGUGUUCAAACUCUGCCAACGUGGGCUCCCACUGUACCUACUCCUGCUCGACGGGAUAUCGGACAUCAAGAUCUGUCCAAUGGUCAAGUCAGUUGCUCUGA